CCAAACACUACGAUAUAGGCGACUACGAAGACCAGAUGGCCACGAACGUGAGCUUUGUUUUCUCAUUCUUCCUGUUUUGCUGCUCGUUCCAGAGCGUGGUGACCACAUUCCACAAGCUAGGCAAAUUGCUACCGUCUGCUAAAGACCAGUCAGCUGUGUCUGAUUCGUCUUUCUUUGUCGACCUUCUUGUGUGCGAGUUGACAGGCAUCUAUCUACUGUCGACCACCGUGCUGCUUCACACACAUCUACUUUCCAGCCGUCUCACGCUCUUCGAUCACGAUAUUUCCUUUAUCGACGUUUGGUUCGAUAAGUGUUUUGGGUUUGGCUGUACAGUGAGCAUUGUGGGAUUGUUCAUUUCUGAGCAAUUAGAGCAUUUCUAUAAGGAUGAAGACGACCAGUUCGAUCAUCCGAUGAUCUACGACGAGGAGGCCCUCGUGGAAGGGCGGGGGAAAAUCAAUUAGAGCAUGUACUAAUGAAAUACG